GUCUGCUAAUGGGAUGUAGUGUUUUGUUAAUAUCGUUGUUGGCAUUAUAAUCACAUGUAAUAGGCAUUGUUGUUUUGUCUUCCUCAGUAUUUAGGCUGUGUCAUUUUUAUAACAAAUUUAUUUGCUUUAGGUUCUUUUUAAUUAAAGCUGUGCGGCAAGUUUACGCCACAGUACCGCACUGCUGUUGAUUAUAAAAUGUGUAUAUAAUUUUAAGAAAGACUAGUACUCGUCAAAUUCGCAGUAUGAGAGCGAUUGCUGUAUCUGUGUGGAUAUUUAUAAAUUUGGUUUUUAUAGGAAUGUGUGGCUAUAUUUAUUUAUUGUGGUCACAAUACUGGCAAUAUGUGGAAAGACAGCAUAAUCAGUUAGCUGGUAUUAUUAACAAUAAUCACAACAUUUAUAGCAGUAAUGGUCAGAUCUAUUUUUAUUAUCACGGUUCGUCAGAAACUAUUUCAAUGGGAGUCAGCUCUAACAGAGAGAAUCAAACUGUCAAAAAUUAUGUAACAAAUAAGAGUUCUCCAAGACAUCACUUAAGAAGCAGAUCAAAUAAAACGUCGACUACAGUCAUUAAAAAAUACAGUCAACCACGGUUUCCUAAACUCCGAGGUAUGGACACAGACGUAGAGAGCCAAGGACCGAGGUGCAGCGGUGACUCUUCAGAAUGCCUUGCUUCGUCAGACUUACCGUUGGUAAAUGACAAACUCUCAACAAGGGUUGCCACAUAUAAAAGUCAACUCGUAGUUCAACUGCGUCGAGUUUUGUUGGAAGAGAGUAGCGUUUUUAAAGCUCGUGGAGAUGGUAAUAACCCUUACAAUGUUCAAUAUGCUGGCCCAAGAGGGUCAUACCAAGGCAAAAGUGUUCACGAAUUAGUUUGUGAGCUGCAGAACAAAGUAAAAAUCCGAACUCUUUCAGAGAAUGAUGAACCCUUUUCAACACUUGGUCUUAGUAAGCAGUUUCCAGAUGAACCUCUUUUAGGAAAACCAGGCAAGCAUUUCAACACAUGUGCAAUUGUUACUAAUGCUGGCUCUUUAGAUGGAUCAGGACUUGGUAACUUUAUAGAUACACAUGAUGUUGUUCUGAGGUUCAACCAUGCACCAACAGAAGGUUAUGAAUCUGAUGUUGGAUCAAAGACAACUCUGCGCAUUCUUAAUUCACAGGUUGUAUCAAAACCUGAAUUCAAUUUCCUUACAUCAGCACUUUAUCAAGGUAUCUCUCUCCUUGCUUGGGAUCCAAGUAAUUACUCAUCAUCUCUUGAAGAGUGGUAUGAAAAUCCUGAUUUUGAUGUUUUCACCCCAUACUUCAAACACCGAGAAAAGUUUCCAGAUGCAGUGUUUCACUUGCUGGAUCCACGCUCACAGUGGCUUCUAUGGGAAUACAUACAGAGCCACAUUCCUGUACGUAUAAGAAAAAAUCCACCAUCUUCAGGAUUCUUAGGACUUGCACUAUUGCUUCCACAUUGUGCAUAUGUUGAUCUGUUUGAAUAUGUGCCCUCUGUGCGACUGACAAAACGAUGUCAUUACUGGGAUGUAGCUGAAGACCUUUCAUGUACAUUUGGUGUUUGGCAUCCUCUGGCAGCAGAGAAGCUUUUAGCAUUGGCUCUCAACACAGCAAAUGAUGUGGCUGUUUUCUAUGAUGGUUAUGUAAGAGUCCCUGGAUACAAAACAUUGGGAUGUUGAUCUUGUUUAUUUAUGUUUUCUUAAUAACUUCUUCUUCUUCUAACAACUAUUGUUAUUCACAAGAAAGAAAUAUUUAUAUAUAUUACAAUAAAUGAUAAUUUUCAAAUUUUAUUUUCAUGAAAUAGUUUUAUAAUGAUAUCUAGUUUGUCUUAUGUACUGUAUUGACACUAACAGACUCCUCAAAAUAAAUUCAUGUUUUGAUAACACACAGCCCCACUCAUUUUAAAGCAAAUUCCUCAAAACAGAAACAUCUAGUUUGUGAUCUUGGACAAAUUAAACUAAAGUGAAGUGUACAAAUACAAAUUUAGUACCACUGUAGUGUUAACAGUCAGGUCACUUUAUUCAACGAAUUUACUCUAUUUCCAAGGUGGCACAGCAUUUCUCAGUAAUGAUUUGGGAAAAUGCAAAAUGAAAUCAGAGACAAAUCUUUAAUGCAGGUGAUAUCAUUAAUUAUACCUAGAUAAAAACUAAAAAACUGAAUCAGGCAGACAUUGCAAAUUAAAUAUAAGGAAGAAAGUCAUCAUGUAACCUCCGGUGUGAGGUUUACCAAAUGAUGUAUAUGAGUAUGAGUGUCCUUUUAAAUUUUUUGAAUAUUUACAGAAUUGCUAUUACAAAAGAUGAGCUAUUGUCUUGUUGGUAACUUACAAUUUGAUAGGAAGUAGCAUUGUGGUUAUGAACAGUCACUAUCAUUUCUGUGAUGCACCAAACAAAAUUAGUGUAGUUCAGUACUUUGUUAUCACAUAAUUGUGGUCAAUAGCAGGAAGGGGAAAUAUGUUUCAUAACUUACGACAGAAGUAGUUUUCAGCCUGACUUACAGUAACAGACACCAUAGUUUCUAGCAAUUUCAUGUAAUGUAAAUAUCAAGUCUCAUUAUCUAUAGGAGUAGUUUUAUUUUUUAUUUGGAGUAUGGAUUUUGUUACAGAUGUGUACAGGAUUUUAACGAUGGAAUGAUUGUUUAUUCAUCAUUAUCGUAACUGAGUAUGCUACGUUAUGUUCAACUCAUAACAAUUCCAAAGGGGGUUACUUUAUGCCCACCUUUUUUAAUUAUUGUAAUCUAGGCAUGUACUUUAUAUUUUAAAAUUAUGGAGGAAAUAUUUAUUAUUUUCACUGAAUGCUUCUACCAAAUUCUUUAGUUGUAUUAAUUUUUUGAGGUUGACUUAAUCCAAAAAUUGAAGUGUAAUUGAUGUGUAGUAAUAGAUGCAACAUUUUACAGUGGAUGCCAUAUUCAAUAAUUUCAGGUCUGGACCAUACUUAGACAUCAGAAUCUUUUUAAAAAGUAUG